GACGAUUUUGAUCUCAGUUGGUUAGUCAUAGUCAAUAGUUAUACAAUAUCGCAAUAAGAACUUUUAUGAUACAAUGGCCCCACGUGAACUCAGAAAAGCUGAAACAGUGGAAACUAAAACGAAAAGCGGCUUGUCAAAAAUUGGUGGACAGAGAUUAGGCCCGGGUAGAUUGGUCACAAGAAAAAUGCUCCGCAAAAAUCUCCGAAAAAUAAAAAAACAGAAGAAGCAAGGUUAUAAGUGCACAACAGACUUCAAAGAUGAUAAUCUUAGUCAUGCACCUAAAGAUGACUGCUCAAGGGAAGAUUUUGAGAUUCACAAACAAAACACAUCAUACCAAGCUCCAAGUUCAGCCAAGGGAUCAGUUUCUAAGGGAAAAAAUGAGGGAAGUAGGAAGCAACAAGAAAUAGCCGACCAGGAAAGAAUAAAACAGCGAAGAACACAGCUUAAAAUAGCCAAUAAACUGGAAGACAAAAACAUAAAAAAAAUAGAAAAGCAGUUAAAACUGCACAAGCGGAAAUCUAAGGGUAUUCCAAAAUCUUUUACAGAUGAUGGGCUAGAUUUUCUUCUUGAAAUCUGUGACCCUGAAUCUAGGGGUAAGUUAGCCAAAGAAGACUUUGAUUUUGCAGAUAAUGAUGCAGGGUUUGAAGAAGAUUUAGCCUUGUAUAAGGCAAAAAGUGAAGGCAAGACAAAUAAAAAAGAUUCAUGUCAAAAUCUAAAGGUAAAAAAGCCGUCAUCAACGAAUAACGUUGCACCCAGGACGAAGACUACGCUACAAGAAGAUUCUUCUUACUUGGAUGAAUCUGGCACUAGUUGUGAAACGGACGAAGAAAUUGAAAAAUGGGACUCCAGCGAAAGCUGCAAUCAAUCAGAAAAUGAAGACUCCCAAGGAAGUUUAAAUACUAGUGCAAAGGUUUCAAAUGACAACGAAGAAGAGUACAAAGAAGAUAUAUACGGUCGCGUACGGGACAAAAAAGGGAAUUUGAUAAAAAUUCCAGCAGCAGAGGAACCGACCAGUAAAUAUAUCCCUCCAGGAAAGCGAUUGGCUACUACGAAUGAGUUUAAUGCAGACGCACACAAACUGAAACGCCAAAUGAAAGGCUUAUUUAAUCGGCUUGCCGAAAGUAAUUUACCAAGUAUCGUUUCUGCUGUAGAAAAACUAUAUCUCAACCAUUCCCGACAUAAUAUGCAGGAGGCGAUAAACGCCCUUAUUAUUGAGUCAUUGGUAUGUCAGACUCUCUCUCCCGAACGCCUUAUAAUGGAACAUUGCGUUUUGAUCGCAGCGCUACAUGCGAAUGUAGGAACUGAAGUUGGCGCCCAGUUCUUAGAACUUGUUGUACGAAGAUUCGAUGCAGCUUAUAAAACUAAUGUGGCUGAAACGAAAGAACUGGAUAAUUUGAUCUUAAUUGUGGCACACCUGUAUAAUUUUGGACUUGUAACCGCUUCUCUUCUAAAAGAUAUCCUUCACAUGCUUGCCGAAAGAUUCGAGGAAAAAGACAUCGAAAUAAUUUUAAUAAUUUUGAGAACGGUAGGGUUUGGAUUGAGAAAAGACGAUCCAGUAUCGCUGAAGGAAAUAAUUUUUACCUUACAAACAAAAGCUGGACAAUCAACGGAACAGCCAAUCAGAAUUCGUUUUAUGCUUGAAAUCUUGUUGGCCAUCCGCAAUAACAAUAUGACUAAAAUACCAAAUUUUGAUCUUAGUCACACGGAACACCUGCGCAAAAUAUUACGUUCGAUAACGAAGAAAGGAGAUGCAUUGUGCAAGCUGAAUAUAUCUUACGCUGAAUUGUUGGCCGCAACUAACCGAGGCAGGUGGUGGAUAGUGGGGUCAGCAUGGAUGGGCCAAGGACCCAACGCUACCGAUUCGCUUACUAAAUCGGAAGUACAAAAUUCAGACGAACCGCAAUACAGUGCAGAAUUGCUGGAAAUGGCACGCAAGCAGAGAAUGAAUACCGAAGUCCGACGUAGUAUAUUCUGUAUCCUUAUGACGGCAGAGGAUUUCCUUGAAGCUUUUGAUAGGCUAAUGCGUCUUGGCUUGAAAACUCAACAGGAACGAGAAAUUGUACACGUAGUCAUGGAUUGCUGCUUACAAGAAAAAAGCUUCAACCAAUACUAUGCUUAUUUGCUUCAGAAGUUAUGUCAUUUCCACCGACGUUUUCAAAUUGCCUCGCAGUUUGCUCUUUGGGACCACUUUCAAAAUCUUGCGUUACUGUCUGAAUUGCAAGUCACUCAUUUGUCGAAACUGGUGGUGCAUUUGACGGUGGAAGGUUCUCUUAGUCUUUCUGUACUUAAAGUAAUUCAGUUCUCGGAGAUGGAUCGGGUAUUGGUCCGCUUUCUGCGUCAGGUUUUGUUAGGUAUACUUUUGCAUCCGUCGGAGACUGCAGUAAAAUCAGCAUUUGGUUGUCUCGUUUCACCCAAACUCGGUCUCCUUAAAGAUGGAUUAAUUCUUUUCAUGCACCAUUUCCUUAUGAAAAAUAUGGAGAAAAUGAGUGUGUCCGAUGGUGACAAACUGAGAAGUCGCAUUCAGAUAGUGCAAGAAGCCUAUCUAUGAACUAAAUAAACGAAUUGUAAUACA